GUCAGAUUAUGUCACCAUGGCAACAGAUUUCAUCACCAUGGUUUCUUAAUCCGUCCAUCAGCCAAUGGCAGCCAGCCAAUCUCCGCCUCCUCCGUGGUUCUGACCACCGGUACCUUCCUGUCCGGCUCGCUCUUCGUGGGCCGGACCUCGUCCCCCGGAGGCCGGAUCGGAGACGCCCCGUCGAGUUCUGGCCUGACCCAAACGCUGAGGGACCGGCUGGGUCUGAGGGUGGGCAGGCUGAGGACCGGAACCCCACCCAGACUUUUAAAAGACUCAGUGGACCUUUCCCUGGCUAAGGUCCACCCGCCGGACCGCCAGCCGACGCCAUUCAGCUUCAUGAACACUCACACCCGCUGCAAGCCGGAGGAGCAGCUGCCGUGUUACCUGACCUACACGACUCCAGGUGUAGAGCAAGUGGUGAGGGAGAGUCUCCACCUGAACUGCCACAUCCAGCAGGACGCCAAAGGACCCAGAUAUUGCCCCUCCAUUGAGUCCAGGGUGUUGCGCUUUCCAGGAAGAAGUCACCAGGUGUGGCUGGAGCCCGAGGGGUUGACCUCUGACCUCUUGUACCCACAGGGUCUGUCCAUGACCAUGCCUCCUGACGUGCAGCUGCGCCUCAUCAGAGAAAUCCCUCCCUUGCAGAGAGCGGAGAUCCACACACCAGGGUAUGGUGUGCAGUAUGACUAUGUGUGUCCCACCCAGCUGAGUCCCGCGCUGCAGGUGAAAAACACGCAAGGACUUUUUCUGGCCGGUCAGAUCAACGGGACGACGGGUUACGAAGAGGCAGCUGCACAGGGGCUGUGGGCGGGAGUGAACGCCGCCCGCCGCGCCCUCUCCCAGCCUCCGGCGGCGCUGUCUCGGACAGAGAGCUACAUCGGCGUCCUCGUUGAUGACCUGGUGAGUCGAGGAGUUACCGAACCGUACCGCAUGUUCACCAGCCGGGCGGAGUUUCGUACUUCUCUGAGGCCGGACAACGCUGACCUCCGCCUUACGAUGAAAGGGUUUGAGCUGGGAUGCGUCUCGGCUGUGCGCCACCAUGAGGCAGUUAGGGUGCGUUGCAGUCUCCAGAAUGCAGUAGCCGCCCUCCAGGCUCUCACAAUGUCCUCAACCAGCUGGAGGAAGAAGCUGCCGGGAAUCGGCAUGAGCGAGAACAAGAGCCAGACGCUCAGCGGGAUGGACCUGCUGGAGUACAAGGACGUCUCCUUCGAAAUGUUGGCUUCUGUUUUUCCUGAGUGUCUUUCACCGUACAUGGAGUUCUCACAAAGACUCAAAAUAGAGGCCGUGUACAAGCCUCACAACGACCAAAACAGGAGCGAGAUCAAGAGGAUUCAGAGCGAGGAGAACAUGUCUCUGCCGCAGGACAUCGACUACCUCACUCUGCCUGUGUCUCUGUCGCAGGAAGUCAGGGAAAUCCUCGACAGAUUCCGACCGAGCACCCUGGGAGCUGCUACCCGUCUGCAAGGCAUGACUCCUGCAGCGAUCGCCAAUCUCUUCAAUUACGUUCACUUUACAAGGAGGCGGGAGAGCAGGAGGAAGCAAGUGGACCUCGAGGAGGAACGAGGAGAGGAGCUGUGCAAAACAAAUGCAUCUUUACCUCAAUAAGAGAGACUGAGAAUGUAAAAAAGAAUAUUUAUUCUGGGAAAAUAAGAAAAAAAUACAAGAGUAUUUCAUUCAGAAGGAGGAGGAAAUAUGUAAUACAAUUCUGACUGGUCGAAAUCCAAAUAACCAACCAAAUGUUCUUAGGUGUUAGUAAAUAAAAUCAUACAACUGUUUCUUUCUCGUUAGAGAAUUUGUAAAUCUGAAUUUUAAGCCCAAAAUGUCCCAAAUAUAAUUGGUAGAUUUGAGUUUUGAGACUAGAUUUGCCUUAUUGUGCAUAAACAAUUUAAACAUUUCUGAUUCUGAGAAAAAAAAAA